CCAACGCUGUAAAACUUUCGAUGUAAUAAAAUUGUGGAAUUUUUUAAUUUGUUGAUCAUGUUAGAAGUUGAAAUAAUCUACCAUUUCACCUUUGGCAAAAAUGGAUAUGACGUGAAAUUACGGUAGUCCAGCCAGUAACAUAAAACGAAUGCAGUCUAGUGUCGCUGUGUGAAUAGACACUAUCGAUGAUAAAAAUUUGCUAGCCAUUCUGUACUGUAAGAAGGGCAGUAACUCAGCUGUGCUGUUAAAACCAUGUUGCAUUGAUGGAUGUCACUGACCUAUAUAUUUAUGUACAUUUAUGUUUGGUCUGUUUAACCACUGAUGCAUAACUUUAGACUAUCUAAGCAAGUACAUGUAUAAGCAUUUAAAUGCUCAUAAAUGCUAUCAUGUAUUGCUUACUGGAAUUAUCUGUAUCUCUUGUUACUCAAGAGUGACAUUUUGUUCUUUCAUAAGUUAAAAUGGCAAAUAUUUGGUGCAGAUAUAUGCAAAAUUUCAAAUGCCAAUACCAAACAUUGGGAAAUGUCUCUCUUGUCAAGAGAUGUUUGAUAGGCAGACGGCAGAUAGAACAAACUCGUCUAUACACCAUAGUGCAGCCUGGAGACUUCAAUAUAGUUCCAAAGCAGGCGCGGGUGGUAAUUGCAGGAGGAGGUGUCAUCGGGACGUCUGUGGCGUAUCAUUUGGCAGAAAGGGGAUGGACAGAUGUAAUUCUUUUAGAGCAAGGGAGACUUACGUGUGGUACAACAUGGCACACUGCCGGUCUUGUUAGCACCAUGUUUGGGAGCAUAGCUUUAUUGAAGUUUGCUGUCUACAGUCGUAAUCUAUACAGCAGAUUGGAGCAGGAGGGACAUGGCAUAGGGUGGAAAGCAUGUGGAGGGAUGACUUUAGCUCGAACCAAGGACAGAAUGGUAGAUUUACAAAGGAGACUAGCAGUUGCUAAGACACAUGGUACAGAAGCUUAUGUGGUCACUCCAGCAGAAAUUAAAAAAUUAUGUCCAUUGAUCAACACAGAAGAUCUAGCCGGAGGUAUAUAUGCACCGUCUGAUGGAAAGGUCAUGGGACCAGAUGUUGCUCUUGUGUUCGCAGAAUUAGCAAAGCAGAAUGGUGUCAAAGUAUUUGAAGGUGUUCGUGUUGAUCGUGUGUUGACAAAGAAUAAAUCUCCUCGGGUAUCUAGUGUGGAGACAUCACAUGGAACAAUACAAUGUGAAUACUUUGUCAACUGUGCCGGACAGUGGGCACGAGAACUUGGUAAACGAUCAGAGCCAAAGGUACCUGUACCACUUCAUUCGUGUGAACACUUUAACAUUGUGACUAAACCCAUAGAGGGACUCGACAGCAUGCUACCAGGUAUUUAUGACUAUGAUGGUAUGAUCUAUAUACGUGAGUUGAAUGGUGGUCUGUUAGCCGGGGGUUUCGAGCCCGUGGCUAAACCAGUCUUUCGUCGAGAAAUUCCCAAGAAGUUUGAAUUUCAGCUUUUUACCGAGGACUGGGAUCAUUUCCAAAUCCUUUUUAAUGAAAUUUUGCACAGACUUCCAUUGAUGCAUGAUGCUAAAGUUAGGCAGCUGAUAAAUGGACCGGAGAGUUUUACACCCGAUGACAGGCUCAUUUUAGGAGAGUCAGACACGAUAAGCAAUUACUUUGUGGCAGCAGGAAUGAACUCGCGUGGCAUAGUGCUGGGUGGUGGAGUUGGCAAGUACAUGGCAGAGUGGAUCAUUGACAGGAAGCCCAGCAUUGACUUGUGGGCGGACGAUAUUCACAGAUUCGUCAGUCUCCACAAUAACAAACAAUUUCUUGGACAGCGGGUGAAAGAAAUAGUUGGAAGGAUUUACAGUUUGCCCUACCCAUUGGUGGAGUAUACUACUGGAAGAAAGCUGAGAACGUCUGCACUUCACACCCGCCUCGAAGGACUUGGCGCUUACUUUGGAGAAACGAUGGCUUACGAAAGAGCAAUGUGGUUCAGUCCACAGAACGAAGGUAUGGUUGAUGAGGUGGUCUAUGUACCAACAUGGGGAAAACCGAGCUGGUUUGAAUCAGUUCAAGAGGAAUACCGGGCUUGUAAGGAGAGAGUCUGUCUCAUAGAUAUGUCAUCUUUCGCAAAGUUUGAAAUCAAGUCAACAGGACAAGGUGCACUAGAAUACUUGCAGUAUCUUUGUUCCAACGACAUUGACCAGGACAUCGGUACUGUUGUUCACACUGGCAUGCAGAAUGAGACAGGAGGCUUUGAGAACGACUGCAGCAUAGCUCGCUUGCAGGACAACUAUUUCUUCAUGAUCUGCCCUGCUACCCAGCAGACGCGAGCCUCGUUCUGGCUCAGACAGCACCUACCAGAAGAUGGGUCGGUGCAGGUGCGUGAUGUCACUUCCAUGUACUCAGGAAUCAAUCUGAUUGGUCCACAUGCUCAGCAGCUGUUGGGUGAUGUCACCGACAUCUCAACUGAUAGAUCUGACUUCAAGGUCAUGACUUGCAAGGAGAUUGAUGUUGGCUGUGCUAGCGGUGUUCGAGCAAUGAGACUGACACACACAGGAGAAGAUGGUUUUAUUCUCUACAUUCCUGCAGAGUAUGCCCUUCAUACGUAUGAUACACUAAUACGUGCUGGGAAAGACUACGGAGUAAGCAAUGCUGGGUACUUUGCAAUGCGUCAUUUGAGAACUGAACAGUUUUUUGCUUACUGGGGUCUGGAUCUCAACAGUCGUACAACACCCAUGGAAUGUGGGAGAGAGUUCCGAGUGAAAUUAGAUAAAGGAGACUUUAUUGGCCGCAAUGCUUUGCAACAACAAAAAACCCACGGAAUUCAUCAAAAAUUUGUUCAGUUUUUACUGGAUGACUUUGAUGUCCACGGCGACCUCUGGCCAUGGGGAGGAGAACCUAUUUACCGUAACGGCAAGUAUGUUGGGCUGACGACAACUUGUAGCUAUGGCUUCACCCUCGACCAGAUGGUGUGUCUUGGUUAUGUUAGCGACUUUGAUGAGGAUGGAAAACCACAGCUGAAAAAAUACAUGAAUAAAUGGGUGAUGGAGAAAGACGCUCAGUAUGAAAUUGACAUUGCGGGACGGAAAUACACAGCAAAGGCUGGAAUAUACACACCCAAGUUAGCCAUGUCUUCGUUUGAGGCUUCUUUUAUUCCUGUACCUGUGCAACAGAAAUAAGAUUGUCACUCAAGUUGGUCAUAUCCUCAUUUGAGAGAUAUUUUAUUCCUUAAUUUGUGCAACAGAAAUAAGGUUGACAUUCAAGUUGGUCAUAUCCUCAAUUGGGCGAUAUGUUAUUCCUGUACCUGUGCAACAGAAAUAAGAUUGACACUCAAGUUGGUCAUAUCCUCAUUUGAGAGAUAUUUUAUUCCUGAAUUUGUGCAACAGAAAUAAGAUAGACACUCAAGUUGGACAUGUCCUCAUUUGAGAGAUAUUUUAUUCCUUAAUUUGUGCAACAGAAAUAAGAUACACACUCAAGUUGGUCAUAUCCUCAUUUGAGAGAGAUUUUAUUCCUUAAUUUGUGCAACAGAAAUAAGAUAAACACUCAAGUUGGUCAUAUCCUCAUUUGAGAGAUAUUUUAUUCCUGCAUCUGUGUAACAGAAAAAAGAUUGACUCACAAGUUGGUCAUAUCCUCAUUUGAGAGAUAUUUUAUUCCAGUAUCAGUGUAACAGAAAUAAGAUUUUUUAAGUUAGUCAUAUCCUCAUUUGAGAGAUAUUUUAUUCCUGCAUCUGUGAAACAGAAAAAAGAUUGACCCACCCCAUAAUGGUGUGAUUACAGAUUAUUUCAGUUUGAAUUUGAUUCUUCUCUUUGAACUGUUCACACAGACAAACUCUUGAAAUCAUUUUCAAAUACUCUAAUAUGUUCAGAGGGAGCAGGGAGCAGGUCAACUCUCCCCAAAACCAACUCGCCCCAGCGGUUGGUCAACUCGCCCCACACUGUUUUGUCAACUCAUAUCAUUACCAUUUUAUUAUUUAAUAUACCGAUAUUUUAAGCAAUACUGCAAUAAUGUCCAUUAAAUGUUGAAUAUGCCUACCAGCUGGAGUCCAAAAGCCUUGCCUGAAUAAGCUUGACAGUUCAUUGUAAUAGCUUAUUAUUUAUCCGAUAUUAGGAUCUCCCCAAUAUAAAACCAUUAAUAAGUGGUUGUAAUAGCAGAGUUUCACUGUAAUAUGAAUAAAUAAAAUGACACCAAAGUUGUAGACAUCCAUUUUUAAUUUUGUCACAAUUAUUUGUGGACAGUAGAGUUUGAGGCGAGUUGGUUUUGGGGUGAGUUGACCAGCAUUCUGCUCAGAUAUACAUGUAUGUCAAUAGCCACUCAACCAAAUUAAUUAAGGACCAGAAGAUAUUUUUGGCAUUUGUCUUUAAAUAGGGAAAAACAAAUACAGCAUCGUCCAUUGUUAGGUGUCAACCGUGUGGCCUUUUUUUAAACUUAAUGAUUUAAACAAUUUAGAGUGAACGAAAUGAUAAGCAUUGUUAUCAGUAUAUAAUUACAAAGUUUCCACCAUUAGAUGAUUUACUCUAUUCUGAUUGGAUGAUGUCACUUAAAAAAUUAAUGUUAUCCUUCGAAAAAACUCAAAAGAUGACAUCAUUAUUUCAAAUGAGACGUCAUUAUGUAAAGGACACUAGUAUUAACUGUCACAAAUUUGUGACUGUUACACAUCGAUAAAUUCACAAAAAAUACAAACAAUUCUUAUAUAAUGAAUCUUAGCCGAAUGCUGAUUUUUGUAGUUUUUAUAACUGCAUGCAAACCAGACAUUGUGCAAGAUCUUUGCAUGUAUCACGGGUCAGAUUUUACUGAAAUAUUUUUCAAAAGUUAUCCAGGAUCAAAAAUUACUGAAAUAAUAUGACACUAACAAAGACUUUCCCCCAAAUCUACUGGCACUUGAUUAAUUUUGGGUAGACUAAACAUUGUUAAUUUAUAUUAGAGUAUGUUUUUUGUUUCUUUUAGAGACUGCUGAUUUUAUGCAAUUUACAUGAUUUUACUGGUGCUGUCACGUUUCAUUCCAGCUGAUCAUUGCUCAUUAGUAUGCAUGUGAAAUAAAAUUACUCAUGAACUUAA